AAAGUAUUUGUAGCGUAUAUUUGAGUUUGAAUUUGAGUGCUAUUAAUACAGAAUAGAGUGACUGUAUAUUGUAAUGUACUGUCAAUGAGUGCGUCGGCGCACAAGUGGUCGGACUUUAAUAGUGUAAACAGUUUUAACAAUAAUAAUAAUAACCAAACAUUUGAUUCAGUGAUGUACCCGAUGUUUGGCCACCGAAACCAAUGGCCACAUAACUAUAUUGACGACCAGAUGAUCGACUAGAUUGAAAUGAUGGCCUCCGUGCAGGUGCUUGUCUAUCUGAUCCGAGCCAAAUUCAAGCGCAAGUGUUUGUGGUCACCGAUCGACUUGCUAUUUGUGUCCAUUGUUUUAUGUGAAUUGUUUGCCGCAUCCAUUACUGGCCACUCAAUAUCGUUGUCAAGUCCGUCGACGUGCGGCGAUGUACUCUGUUUUCAUGGUAUCUGUCACGACGGACGCUGUAUUUGCGACGCCGGUUGGCAGGGCUCGGCCUGUCAUCGAUGCGGAGGACGAAUCAAAUUGGAUACACCGUCUGGUUAUAUAAGUGAUGGCAUCGGUAACUAUAGUACUGAUCUUCAGUGUACGUGGAUUAUUGACAGCGGUCUCAAUGAUUCGGUGAUCCGACUCGACUUUGUCCACUUCGAGACGGAAUGUUCGUGGGAUCAUUUGUAUAUAUUUGAUGGCGACUCGGUUUUCAGUCCCGUAUUGGCCGCAUUCAGUGGCGUAUUAGUUAAAGACGGACAGUCAUUCCAACAGAUACCAGAAAUUACUGCCCGAUCGGGAAGAGCUUAUCUAUAUUUUUAUAGCGACGCCGCUUACAAUAUGAGUGGUUUUAAUAUAUCGUAUAGUAUUAACACGUGUCCAAAGAAUUGUUCGGGUCAUGGAGUAUGUGUUUCACGUGUUGACGGCUGUACCUGUGAUGCCGGUUGGGAAGGAGAUGCCUGCGAUCGACCCAUUUGUCCCAAUAAUUGCAGUUAUCCUAAUGGUCUUUGCGAUAGAGAACAGCACAUCUGUAUUUGUCAAUUUGAUUAUAUGGGACCCGACUGUAGUCAAUCACAAUUUGAUGGCUAUUGGGCGGUUGUAAAUGCAAUUAAAGGGGUCAAAGGUCGGGCCCUACAUCAGUCGGUGAUUUAUGAUUCUUCGAUGUUUGUAAUCGGCGGCGAAUACUAUGAACCCGAAGAGUUCCUAAUGAAGUUUGAUUUAAAAAUGAAAAAAUGGGAAUCGUUUAAAGCUAACAAACAAAUAGAAGAGGAGACGCCUGGAGAACGAUUUGGUCAUUCGGUGGUCGUCUACGACAACAAACUGAUUAUGUUUGGAGGAAUGACCAAAAACGGUACCAUCAAUCGUGAUCUCUGGGCUUACGAUAUAUCUAAACAACAAUGGAAACUAUGGAUUGAUGGAUAUGACUAUUAUCUUAAGCCGUGUUCACCAUCAGUGUAUUGUAGUCCGUUGCCAGUGAUUGGACAUUCAGCUAAUUUUAUAGAUAAUACAAUGAUUGUCAUCUUUGGUUAUAAUCCUGUUUAUGGAUAUCUUAAUGUUGUCCAAGAAUUUAAUUUUUCUACCCGAACGUGGCAAAUAAUAACCACCCGUGGUGCUAUAGUUAAGGGAGGAUUUGGCCACUCCAGUGUAUAUGACCCGAUGAGCAAACUUAUCUACGUUUUUGGCGGCUAUCACUCUCUCGGCUCAUCCGAUACUUUACUUGUCGAUCUCUUAUAUGGAUAUAAUCAUCGUUUUAAAUCAUGGUUUUUAUUAAACCCAAGUCCAUCGCCGCGAUAUCUACACACCGCCACUAUAAUCAAUGGUCUAAUGUUUGUUUUCGGUGGCAAUGGCUAUAAUGCUACUACUAAUAACUCAGGCGAUCGUUGUUUUUCACCACAAUUUCUAGCCUACGAUAUCGCAUGUGACGCCUGGCGUACACUUAAAGACCCGUCACCUUCACUAUUACUGAACGAUAGGGUCGGCUUAGGACGCUAUGGCCACUCCAGUGUACUUUAUAACGAUUCCAUUUACAUGUUCGGCGGUUUCAAUGGCGUAAUGCUCAGCUCAAUACUUAAAUACUCACCGGGAGAUUGUCGCCGAUUUGUGACCAAUGAGGAAUGCGCCAAAAUGAAGACCGGAAACAAAUGUGUUUGGAAUAAAGAUAAAAAUGUUUGUCAACUCUAUAGCGCACAGAAAUCGACACAAUUGUCAAAUCUGUACAGUCCUUGUGAUGUUACGAAUACAAACUUUACCGAAUUGUGCCAAAAACAGACACUCUGUCCAUCGUGUUUGGAGAAUACUUAUGGCUGUGUUUGGUGCAGCGGUUCCGGUCAGUGUCAAUACCAGAAGUGCCGUAAAACGGGUGUAAAAGACGAUUUGAAGAGUAUUAGCGACUCUUCCCGCUGUGAGGACGACAUUCGUAGCUCUAAUUGUGAUAAACUUCAUAACUGUCACUCUUGUCAUACGGAAUACCAGUGCGGAUGGCAGAGAGACUCCAAAUGCUAUACAUUUGUUCGCGAAGUGAAUAACAAGAGUGAGAAAGCGCCGGCAAUUCUUCGCGAUGACCUUAAGCCGUCGUGUGAAGAGCCGUGUCAUACGCGGACAACGUGUGAGAACUGUACGGCCGGCUCAUGUAUGUGGUGUAGUUCGUCGCGUCGAUGUAUAGAAUCCAAUGCCUAUGCGGCUAUCUUUCCAAUUGCUCAAUGCAUGGAAUGGACAAUACAUCCAUACAAGUGUGCGGGUCUAACCUGUUCUGACAUACAAACAUGUGAUAAGUGUCUGAAAAAUCCAUUAUGUGGAUGGUGUGAUGAUGGCACUGGUACUGGUGUCGGUACUUGUUUAGAGGGAUCGGCCAGUGGACCCUACACUUGGAACGGUACCGACUAUUCACUUAAACAGAGUGCUUGUCCAGUAACGCACUGGCAUUUUUCCCAUUGUCCCGAAUGCCAAUGCAACGGCCAUUCACAUUGUCUUACAUCCAAUGUGUGCCAUAAGUGCCAACAGUUAACGGAAGGCAGUCAUUGUCAGUAUUGUAUGGCCGGCUUUUAUGGCAAUCCUAUCAAUGGCGGCAACUGUACUCCCUGUUCGUGUCACAGUCAUAGUGUCUUCUGUAAUCGUGAGUCUGGUAAAUGUCACUGCACUACAAAAGGCAUUACUGGUCAUCACUGCGAGAAAUGUGACGAACAAAACAAUUAUAUCGGUAAUCCUCAAGAGGAGGGCGGAUCCUGUUUCUAUAACUUAACAAUGGGUUAUCAGUACACAUUCAAUAUGUCUAAACCGGACGACCGUUUCUAUACCCGAAUCAACUUUAUGAAUGUCCCGAUGACUCCCGACAUUGACGUGGAAUUUAUGAUUCAGUGCCAGGAAAGCGCUUUAGUCAACAUUUCUAUUGGUUCCGCUUCGUUUCCAAUCCGUAAUCUUCACGAACGACUCGAAUGCGGAAACUUUAAGCUUCGGUUCUCUCACGACGAGAAUCUCUUCGGCAUUGAAAACACAACCUUUUAUGUCAAUGUGUUUGCGUUUUCCACACCUUUUGUACUUCAGAUAUCAUUUUCACAACACAGGACUCUAGAUUUGCUACAAUUUUUUGUUACAUUCUCCAGUUGUUUUCUAACUUUACUAAUAAUUGCUGCCAUAUUGUGGAAAAUUAAACAAAAAUACGAUUUAUAUAGACGUCGACAGCAAUUGUUUGUAGAGAUGGAACAGAUGGCUUCGAGACCAUUUGCAACCGUUGUAUUGUAUAUAAACCGCGACCAAAAUCAUCUUAAUUUUAAUAAAGACAAUCUUCAGACCGAAUGUGAUAAUCCGACUCCCAUUGCGUUAGAGCCGUGCAAUACUGGCAAAGCGGCCGUACUCUCACUCAUUGUCCGUUUGCCCACCGGUGGACUACCCUCCACACCUCCCGGUCAAACUGGUAUAGCAAUAGCAUCGGCACUGGUAUCGUUAGGAACGGUACCAAUUGAGCAAAAGUCAAAUAAAGAUACCGAUAAUAAUCCCACAAACAAAGUGAUCAAUAGUUCAAACAAGUUAAACAAUUAUCCCUCAACUACUACGACCACCAAUAUUACUACUAUUACGACAACAAACACUACAGGAGUUUAACUGUUGAUUAUAUGAUCUAAUAAUUUAUUAUGACUUUUAUCAAAGUUUUUAUAUAUUUUGAAUCUUUUAUUUUUUGCUUUUUUAUUAAAUAUAUAAUAAGUCUUUAUUUUGUAUUAAAAUAUUA